CACAGGUGGAACUAAUGAGAUUCCACGCCGAUUCCUCUCCGUUAACGCGCGCCAGGGACCGACCUGAUUGGAACGCACCCCUUCACUAAUGUAAUCGUCACCGCUCUGUCUGACAAGCCAAAAAACGCCAAAGGUUGUUUAUCGCUCCUCCGACAGCGUGUUGUGUGAUCUUAAUUUCCCGUAGAAGAAACACAAUGUGUGAAACAACAGUGAACGUCCCCAAAUGCAGAGUUGUCGGGUUUGAUUUAAAUCCCUUACAUAAAGGCUGAUAUUAAUACUCUCCAUUAUUAUUAUUAUUACAUCGCUCAUUUGAAUCAAAAAACACAGGGUGGACAACGGAAGACGUUUUAAAGCCAAAAGUCAAAAUGUUUUGCACAACCUGAAACCAGUCAGCAGACAAAUGAAGGAAGCGUGGAAUAGUGUGGUCGUCCUGCAGAACCUGCUGAUGUGCAUGGUGUGCUUCUACUCUCUCUACUACGUGGUGGUCAGUCUGUGCAUCGGACUGCUCAGGGUUCACGAGAUCAACAGCCUGUUGGCGCCGUUCGACUACACAACACAACCGUCAUGGCAGAACCCCAAAUACCUCGUUGGUGUGAUUUCCACAGAAGUGACCUACGUUUUGGGAGGGCUGGUAUUCGCCUGGAUUGUCGAGGAGUGGGUUUGGGAUUACGCCAUAACUGUCACACUGCUGCACAUCGCCAUGACUGUGGCAGUGAUGUCAGACUUCCCUUCAGCGGAGCACUGGUGGAUCGCUCUGGGUUCAGGGCUGGUGAUGAUGAUAUUUGGAGGACAGCUCAUGGCCCAUAAACUCUUCAGAAGCAACUUUGUCUAUCCAGCUGAACUACAGAACUUCUAGCGGACGCAGUGACGACAGCUUGUAAUUGGUCUAAUGGUUAAUCUCAUGUAAGGAUACAUCCAAUCGGUACCCUUUUGAAGAGUGAAGCCAUGUUAACAUUGACGUGAACAACUACAGUAUUUCUAGCAAGAGUCUACUGUAUUAUUAUAUCGAGCAACCACAGAAAAUAAUUAUUUACUAUUACUUUCCAGCAAAUAGUCUCCUUGUACAAAUGUCCCAACUUUGUCUGUUUUCUAAAUCAUAUUAUGUACAGUUUGAAUAAUGUUUUGUAUUGUUUCUUUACUAACUGAAUACAAAUAGAGGAGUUGAAGCUCGCAGCAUUCUGAAAAGACUGGAUUUACCGCUAAAUAAAACAAAUAUACUGACUGAUAUUUAUUCAAUGGUGAAUCAGCAAUGAUACUUUUUAUUUGUUAGUGUAAUGUUUCACAUACCAACUUUGUAAAGCGUACAGUAUAGUUUUAUACACAAUCUGAUAAAGACAAUUGAUCCUUUUAAUAUUAUGGUUUUAUUUAUUAGAUAAAACUGGAUUUACAUUAAAUAUUGAA